UAAUAGUUGCUUCAACACUUGUUUUUUUUUCAUAGUCAAGUUUUAUAAUUUUCAUUUGACAAUGGUUGCUUUCUUAUCAGGCAAGCAGCAACCCUUAAAAAAGAAUGAAAGAGGAAAAUGUCAAAUUAUGGAGGAAUAACCAUUUUGCAAGACUUAAAGAAUACUAAUAAAGUUUAAAGUUUUUUAUAUAAAAAAAAGGAAGAGAAAUAUAUCUACCGAUAAAUAUAUUGUUAGAAAUGGAUUGUGAUUAAGUUCUAUAUUGGUAACAUUUGUGCCUAAACCUUGGGUGAACUGCCCAGUUCAAUUAUCAGUGAGUCAUUAAUUAUUUCAUUAAAACUCGAAAUUACGAAAGGAGAUCAUUGCAAAGACUUGUUGCUUACGAACUUGGACAACAAACUGUAGGCAUCAAACGCAACGCUGGGAAAAAUUAUGAACCUCUGUUCCUCUGCCGGCGCUACAGCAUCAUCAUCCUCUUUGGCAUCGGAAGACGCAGCAGCAGUGGAAAGUACGAACGUUAGUGGGAAAAACGGCAGUGGUGGUGUAUUGACCACACAUUGUUUUGGAAGCAGCAAUAGCAGCAGUAGCUGCGCCGCAGCUUUAACGACGAACCUUUCAAAUAAUCCUCCACACAGUGGCAGCGGUGCCAGCGGUAGUAAUUUUGGAAAUAACAACGAAAUGCCACCGGAAACACGUCCGAAGAUGGUAACGGUGAAACACCCGGAAUCUAAUAAACCCAAGCCAACUACAAAGAAAAGUAAACCAAUACAAGCUGAUCAGGAUGUUGUUAAAGCGCUUCAGCGUUGUCGGGAAGAAGGUAUAAAACGCUUGGAUCUAAGCAAGUCCUCCGUCACAGUUAUACCAACUUCAGUAAGAGACUGCGUUCAUCUUACGGAACUUUAUUUAUACAGCAACAAGAUUAGUCAACUGCCGACUGAAAUAGGGUGUCUCGUGCAUUUAAAGACACUUGCUUUAAACGAAAACUCGCUAACUUCUUUACCAGAGUCGUUACAAAAUUGUAGGCAGCUUAAAGUGCUUGAUUUAAGACACAAUAAGCUUGCGGAAAUUCCUUCAGUGAUUUAUCGGCUGCGUUCUCUUACAACGCUCUACUUGCGUUUUAAUCGUAUCAUCGCUGUGGCUGCCGAUAUACGCAAUUUAACUAAUUUGACUAUGUUGAGUCUGCGUGAAAAUAAAAUUCGGGAAUUGGGGUCCUCUAUCGGUGCAUUGGUAAACUUAACAACACUGGAUGUCUCUCACAACCACUUGGAACAUUUGCCCGAAGAAAUAGGUAAAUGUGUAACUUUGAGUGCACUUGAUUUGCAGCACAACGAACUAUUGGACAUACCGGAAACCAUUGGCAACUUGAAGAGCUUAGUACGAUUAGGCUUGAGAUACAAUCGACUAUCAAGUAUUCCGGCAUCGCUGAAAAAUUGCAAAUUCAUGGAUGAAUUUAAUGUAGAGGGCAAUGGUAUAACGCAAUUACCAGAUGGUCUUUUAGCUAGUCUUAGUGCACUUACAAAUAUUACACUAUCGCGCAACUCUUUUACCAGUUACCCGACUGGUGGGCCUGCUCAAUUUACCAACGUCUAUAGCAUUAAUCUGGAACAUAAUCGUAUCGAUAAAAUACCAUAUGGAAUAUUUUCACGAGCCAAAGGCCUCACAAAACUCAAUAUGAAGGAAAAUGUGCUUACUGCUUUACCGCUCGAUGUAGGAACUUGGAUUAAUAUGGUCGAAUUGAAUUUGGCAACAAAUGCUUUACAAAAGUUACCCGAUGACAUAAUGAAUCUACAGAAUCUAGAAAUUUUGGUACUAUCCAACAACAUGCUCAAAAAGAUUCCUAGUACCAUAGGUAAUCUGCGCAAACUACGUAUUCUCGACCUAGAAGAGAAUCGCAUUGAAGUGCUGCCGAACGAAAUCGGUUUAUUACACGAAUUACAAAAAUUAAUUUUGCAAACAAAUCAGAUCUCUAUACUGCCACGCAGUAUUGGCCAUCUCAGCAAUCUGACGCAUUUGUCAGUUAGCGAAAAUAAUUUACAGUACCUGCCAGAAGAGAUUGGCUCGCUGGAGAAUCUGGAAAAUCUUUAUAUCAAUCAAAAUCCAUGUUUGGAAAAGUUACCUUACGAGCUGGCACUUUGUCAAAAUUUGAAAUACCUAAAUAUUGACAAAUGUCCUUUGAGCACAAUACCACCUGAAAUACAAGCUGGCGGCCCAUCUCUAGUACUCCAAUGGUUGAAAAUGCAUUCGCCCUAUAGGCAGAUGUGAGUUAGCGGUUUGGGAUAUGUCAGCGAUGGUGGGAGUACACAAUGGCGUACAUUUUAUACAAGUAACGAUUGCUAUUUGGAAUUUCAGUUGGAGGCAGAGGCGGAUACGCAGCGACGCUAACAACGUCGUGCUUGGAAAUGCACUAUCAUUUGAGAUUAUUACUUACAGAUAUUGGAUGGUGCAUCUCCGAAAAUUGUUGCCAUCGCUAAGUUAAUGAAUAAUAAAAAUAUAAAAAUAAUAACAACAUAACAAUACCAAUUAUUAUUAAUUAUAAAUAAUAAUUUCUUUAAAACGAAACUUAAAAACGACGAAUAUGUCGAGUGGAGUCUUGCAACUACUACACGCAACUCACUCGCAGUAAUUAUGAAAACGAAUUGUAAACAAUAUUUUCUGUUGUAAAAAUUGUGUGAUGGUGAAACAAAAUAUAGCUUUAAAAAUGCUUCAGAAAUUGAUUGUUUAGUGGAUUGUGUAGUUGUAAACAAAUAUAAACUAUUUGUAUAACUUCUAACGAAUCAACAACUUUAAUUUAAAACAAAUAAAGUUCUAUAAAUUCAUAUAUAAAUCAGAAAAACGAAACAAUGUUAUACAUACAUAUGCUUAUGAAUGUUAUAUUAUAUAAAAUGUGUUAUGUUUACUAAGGAAGCAAAAAAUUACUGCCUAAAUUAUGUUAUACAUUGCAAUGAAAGGAAGCGAGGAAAAAAUUGGCAAAAUGUAUACUUUUCUGGUGUGUUGAAACAUGAAUUUGUGUUUGGGAAUUUUAUUUUCAAUGAGUGUAUUUAAAGGGAGUGAUCCCAAAACAAAAUUAAAUUUUUUUUAAGAAAGCAAGUGUGAGCUACACAUGCAUUUAUUUCAACGAACAAAUACUAUAGCUAUAGCUGUUAUGCAGUGAAAUUUAUGCACAUAAUAGGCAUACAAAAUUGAAAUAAACCAUUUAAAUGUGUAUAAUUAAAAAUGUAUUGAUGUGUGUUGUGUUAUGUACCACAAGUAUUUUAUAUACAUAAUAAAGAUUUAAUUUGAAUCAAAUUAGCCAUUUCUAUUGCUGUCAUUGAAAGUGACUACUUCUGAUCUCGCUACCUAAAAUACCAAUGUUAUUUUCAAGCAAUUGUGAAAUCCAUCGAGAAUAUCUGUACUUGCGGGAUCGGUAACGGUAUUUUUCAGCAAAACUCUAUGUUUAGUUGUAAUAUUUUUAUGUAUCACUUAAUAUAGUAUUUUGUAAUACAUUUGCUAUAGAAAUCCAUUUUGUUAUUAAAAAAAAUAUGCCUUCAAAUUUAUUGCGGAAAUCUUAUACUGAGUUACACAUUUAUUGUGUUUCUUUUUUCACCCACAAUAUAUUUUCAAAUAAAUUACCCCGUCUAAUAUGUUGUACGGCAUAUAUUGUUUUAAAAGCAUUUACAAAAGCUUAAAUGUACAUAAAUGUGUACAUACAUGAAGCACAUAUGUAUAUAAAUAUGAAUCCCUAUUAAUCCAAUGUUAUUGCAUAUAUAUACAUACAUAUAUUCCAAAUAAGUGUAAAAUGUCCAUGUUAUCUACGAUUAUGAGCAAAAUAGGUGUGUUGAACAGAAAAUUCAAUAAAUUUAUUCGAUAUUUUUUCGAAUGUAUGAGAUCUUAAAUGGAAAUAUAUACAUAGAUAAUAGAUCUAGAAUGAAGAACAGUAAUCCUUAGUAUGUAUUGAAUUUCCGCUUAUGCAAUUGUUUGUUGUACAUAAAUAUUUUUUUUUGCUAAUACUUAAACUAGGAAAUAUUUGUGCAGACUUUGAACAAAAACUUAAGAUUAAAAACAUAGACAAAAAAGUUAAUUGGAAUUAAAAAAUAUAAAUAAAAUUAAAAUUUAGUAAUAAUUAAAAAAACAUAAAAAAUGUAAACACAAGCGCCAAGGAAUUGUCUAAAAAUAUGUUUAAAAGUUAUUUGUAUUUUAUAUAAGUGAGUGUAAGUUAAAAUAAAAUAGUAUUGUUUGUAUAUACAAGUGUAUAUACAUUUGCCACGCAUACGUUAGAUUCAGUUCCACCGCAAAGGUGGAGUAGCAACGUUCUAAGCGAUGAAAUAUGCAACAAAAAGUAUUUUAUACAAAGUAAAUAUGUAUGUGCGUAAUUAAUAACCAAAGCAUAAUCAACACUAUUAUUCACGCUAAAACCCCAAAUUUUAAUAUUACCUGUAAUAUAUGUCAAAUUUCAGAUUAUACGUAUUUCUAGCAUAGAAAAACUUCCCAUAAAUACUUAAAUAGUUGUUCGGUGCCCGUCAACUCAGAUUUACCAAAUUUGCGUGGGUGUCAGGGGUUUUGCUGACGAUAUCUUGUGACACAUAAACGGUAUAUUUAAACUAAAGUUUAAUACCCUUUAAUUUCAUUUAUAAGUAUGUUGGCAAUCAGUGCAUCAUUGGUGACCGCAGCCAAAAUUAUUCCACAUAAUCCACAGGUGUCAAUACAACGACAGUAAAAAACUGAUAGACAUCUGAGGUGUUCUUAAGUAUCUCUAUACAUAUUUAAGUGUGUAUAUCGUCACCUGAAAUGCAAAAUAACGUACCACCCAAAAAAUCUAAAUUGAGUGGCUUAUUGAUUACGAUUCACUACUUCAAAUUACAUACAUAAUAUUACAUACAUAUGUCCAACAUUUUCAGGAUCUGCGAUCAGAUAUAAAUCAAUUAUAACCAAUAUUAAAUUAUUUUUUUCACUCAUGUUCUAUUUUAUUUCGUGUUUCAUUCAUGCUAUUGUAAAUUUCCGAAAAUGUUGUUACGUUAUUUUGCAUUUCAGGUGACGAUAUAUAAUUUUUGUUAAGAAAAAUAUUUUUCCAUAGAAAAAGCUAUUCAUAAUUUCUAAAACCAAAAUAUUAGAAAUACAUAGAAUUAAAAUUUUUAACAAAAAACAAAGGCAAGACAUAAAAAUGAACUUCCAGAACAUCCAGUAAUUAAAAAUGUAAAAUAUUUACGAACAUUGGUAUAUUUCCUAUGUAUCACCGGCGAUACACCGGCAGCCACCGUGUUGAAUUCACUUUUUUCCAGCUUAGCUAUCUCUAGGAGUAGUAUAAAGUAUAAAUGUAAAAAUAUAUAUCUAUAUGCAUUUAAAUACGCAAAUAUUACAACGUGUUGAGACUUGUUGACUUUGAAAAUCGAUAACAAAAACAGUUGAUCUCGAUUUUGAAUACUCAGCCAUAGCAAACGAGAAAGUACAAUUAUUUUGAUUUUAUUUUUGUGUUAUACUAUAUGAUGAAUAUAUGAUAAUUUUUGUACGUUCUUUAUAUAUUAUAUAUUAUAUUUUUUUAUUACGAAUAUAUUUUAUUUUUGAAAAUAAAAAAUUUUAAAACCGAUUAUUUUGACCAAUAUAAAAUUAUUAUAUUUAUAUUUCAUUAAACUAGUUUAAAAUGUUUACUGUGGCAGUCUAUAUAUGUACAUAACUGAAAAUUAACUGUCGACCCUUUAAUUUUAAUAUCACAGUUUUUUCCCUUUUGUUUUCUGUUUUAGUAUAGUCAUAAAAGACAUUCGUAGACUAUCAGCUGUAGAGCAACGGUAUAUAUUAAAUUUAUGCGCCGCAUUUCUUCGUUUACAUCAAGGAAUUGGAACAACUGUUUAUAUGUAUAUUUACAUACAAUAUUUAUGCAUGUCCUUUUGUAGCUACAUGAAUGUUUGCACAUACAUAUGUAUGUACGUAUGUACAUAUUUUAUUCAUUAAAUAAGCAUUAAAAAUGGAACCUGGUAUGCAACUAAUGAUAUGUCAUGUUUGUAUCUAUGUAUGUAUAUGCUGAAAAGGAUAAACAGUUAUGAAUAUAUGAUGUACAAAUAAAUAUAUGUAUGCUUUCCGAUUUA